AUGCCGCCGGCGCCAUGGCAGGUGCAACUUGAGGCGCCGUUUAAAUGUGCCCUUUGCAAGAAGAUUGUUACUCUUAGGGGGUACGAGGCAUGGAUGAUACACGUAUAUGCAGAUCUAAAAGCAUACGUCUGCAUCCAUCCAUCAUGCAACCAAUCAUUUGAAUAUUUCCACCUCUGGGCCGAGCAUGUCUUGACCAGUCACUUCCCAGAAGUAAAACGAUACUGUGUCUACUGCAACGCGGAAAUAACCAGCACGCCUGAAAUUUCCACGCGGAACGCAUUCGUGGAACAUCUGGUUCAUAACCACUGGCACAGCCUAAGUGACGCGGAACGCACCGCUGCGACUAUGAACACUGAAAGAUUCGUCGUCGCUACCUUCACUUCGUUUCCAUGUGGGAUAUGUCGACGAGCGAAAUGGAGGACAUGGUAUGAGUUCGUGGCACAUAUGGCCCGUCACUUGGAAGAAAUCUCCCUCGCUGCUCUGUCGGAAGAUAUGUAUUCUCUCGACGAAAAUCCAGCAAUGAGAAAUGAAAUCUUACCAUCCGUGACAAGGGAUCAUCGCUCAAAAAAGCGAGAUGCGCCAAGAGAGAGAACUAAUACUUUGGAACUGAGUUUUCAUCAUCAUCAUAGAAGACAGCACAGACACCACGAAAACAGGGAAGAGACUGACUUGAGUCAAGGAGAACCCGAUUAUAUCAGAAUAGACCACGAGAUACCAUCAAUAUCCGUCAAGAAGCCGCAUCGAGACAGUCUACGACCUCGAAAAGUGCGUGAAAAGGCCAAGGAGAGGAACCCAGAUCCAGAAGAACAGAACCAAGAAGAAGGGGAACCUGCUUCAUCUAUUCAUGUCACAUUUGAAGAUAAUGACCCGCACCGACACAAUCGACGACAUUCACCACUGACCAAGGGCAAAAACCCAAUCCAAGAUCUUAUUAUCAACAAUAUCAAGACCAACAACAACAGUAUGAACAGCCCAAUCAAGGAGGGCAAGGUUUCGAGAUGUAUGGAUACCCAGCAACAACAACAACAACAACAACAGUAUACCCGUAUGCGAGUUGGUAUGGGGUGA